UCACUUCCUCUCCAUUCCCUCCAUAAGUCUCGAACUAAAUUCCUAUACUGGAUAGGCCACAAAAGCUAUAUAAUGGUAUACAUUUCAAAGUAUACCCAUAUUUUCAACAUCAAAACAGAUUAUUGGCUCAAUUUUCCUUCUCUAUGAAAUUUUUUUUGCUAAUGCUAUGCACUUAAUAAUUACAGAGAUGGGGAAAAUUUAUAAAAUCUCUUGCAAUGGAGUCCAUAGGUGAACGUAAAGAAACUAACAAAUGGACAGACAGUGAUAGCAAGUAUCAUAAAGAGAUCUGUAGCUCCGAUGGCAGCAAAGACAGGGCCACUAAAUCAACCUGGAUGUGGUAGAAAGAUUAAUUCCUAUAAGAUAUUAGAAUCAAGUUUAGUCUUAGAAAAAUUUAUCCAGUGGCUAGCAUUGUGAUGUAGCAAGUAAAGUUGCUGUCUGUGACACUGGCAUCCUAUAUGGACACCAGUUCUAGGCCCAGCUGUUCCACUUCUCAACCAGCUCCCUGCUAGAGUGCUUGGGAAAGCAACGGAAGAUGGUUCAAGUCCUUGGGCCCCUGCAUCCAAGUAAGAGACCCAGAAGCAGCUCCUAGCUCAUGGCUUCGGAUUAGCCUAGCCCCGGCCAUUGUGGCCAUUUGGGAAGUGAACCAGCAAAUGGAAGAUCUUUCUCUCUUUCUUUCUUUCUCUGUGUCUCUCUCUGAAAUUCUGCCUUUCAAAUAAAUAAAUAUAUUAUAAAAAAGAAAUAAAAUCACCCAGGUGAAACAACUCCCCAAAAGGAGAAAAAAGCAUGUACAAAGCUGUAAAGAUGUAACAGUGCAGAAUAUUUGGAAGGAUUUUAAGUUUGCAGCUUGAUAUAAGUAUGAAGUAGAAGAAAAGGGAAGUAAACAGCAAUGAGUUUGAAAUAAUGAGCUUGGAGUUGGUUUAUGGAGUAUAUUUAUAUCCUGCCAAUAUUGUUAAAUUUUACUCUGAAAUUAAUAAGAGGGUAUUGAAGAACCUUAAUCAGCAACCACAUUCCACACUCUACAUGCAUGGUGGAAACAUUAGAAAAUUAUAUCCUUUAACAAUAUAUGCUGGCUUUGGAUUUCAAGGAAAUAUUAAUAUUAUAUCUGAAUUAGAGAUUGUUAGUCAAGUUAAAAGGCAUAGUGAUAAUCAAGAAAAAUCAAUAAUUAUCUCUCUUUUUAGAGAAUUUCUUGGAUGAAUUUUUCCAUUAAUAACCCCUUGGCAUGAAGCAUAGAAAUAUAGUUUAGGAGAUUAAAAAAAGGGCAUGAUCCAUCUUGACUUCUCUGUGUUGACAUAGUGACCAUGAGACAGUCUGCCAAACAUCUUCUAUGUGUAUAUUAAAAGAAUAUGAACCCAACUGAGAACAAAGGAAACAUGGUAACAGUGUAGCAAGCCUAAAGGAAUCUAUAUGAUAUUUAAAACUAUAGGUUUAUAAGAGAUUGAGGUUUAAAAACAGAACUUUUAGCAGCAUAAAUUUUAAGGGUUAGAUACAAAAAAUAUGGGGCAUUGGAAAGAGAUUAAAAAGAUAACUAAAAGGUAAGAGGAAAAGUGAUGGAGAUCAAAUGUCAGAAAAUUUUCAACAGAAUAAAGUUUCUAGAUUUUGUCUGUUUAUAGGUGUCAAGUGCACAAUAGUGAAAGGACUAACCACAAUGAAGAUGUGGAGGUUUAGCACAGAGUGGAGAAAUGAACAGCAUUUGAUAAAAUGGUUUUUUUCUCCUUAAAAAUUUCCUACAUAUACAAGUUUCCUAACUAACAAUUAAAUUCUCAUUUUAGAAAACACUUAAAGAACUUUAUGUAAGAACUUUAUAGAAUUGAAUGAAAACAAUUACUUUAUUUUGUACUAACUGGAUCCCUCUACAGUUGCAGAUAUUCCAGUCAUAUUUCUUGUUCUAUCACCAAUGUCAUGUUGAUUAUGAAACUGUCAAUUCCCAAGUUGGGAGUUAGUAUUAACUGAAUCUUUCUCUUCCAUUGUAAAAUCACAUUCAGUGACUAAAAACUAUGUACAAAAUGAUUAUUCAAAAAAAUGCUUGGUAGAUUUACUCUUUUGUUUAAUUGUGAAAUCAGAGAAUAAGGUCAUAGCCUCCUAAUUCUAUGCCAUUCCAAAGAACAUUUCUUUAAAUCAUUGAUAAUAUAAGCCUUUGUAAAAAUGUAUAACCCUUUGAGAUUCUUUAGAGACAUGACUAGCUUUCAUUUGUGGAAAAUUUAUGAAGCAAUAUUGAAAUACGAAUACCAUUCUUCUUAAAGGGAUAAAAUAAAAAGCAUUGUUAACUAUUCCUAAAUACUCUUUUAUAAAUAUACUGUGGCAUAACAGUUAGUGGAUUUCACAUAAAAUUCAUUUAUUGAUUUUUUUUUUUUUUGACAGGCAGAGUGGACAGUGAGAGAGAGAGACAGAGAGAAAGGUCUUCCUUUUGCCGUUGGUUCACCCUCCAAUGGCCGCCGCGGCCGGCGCGCUGCGGCCUGCGCACCGCGCUGAUCCGAUGGCAGGAGCCAGGAGCCAGGUGCUUUUCCUGGUCUCCCAUGGGGUGCAGGGCCCAAGCACCUGGGCCAUCCUCCACUGCACUCCCUGGCCACAGCAGAGAGCUGGCCUGGAAGAGGGGCAACCGGGACAGGAUCUGGCGCCCCAACCGGGAUUAGAACCCGGUGUGCCGGCGCCGCCAGGCGGAGGAUUAGCCUAGUGAGCCGCGGCGCCGGCCAUUUAUUGAUAUUAAAUAACUGAGGUACAUGUGGAUAAAAAGUUAAAAGAUUAAAUAGGAGAAGUGUAAUACUAAUAUAUUUAUUAAUUUAUUCAGGUUAGUUAAGAAAUGAUUAAUACUGUUCAACAGAAGUUCUCUAGUGUUCAAAAGAAUACAAAAGGUCUCUAGUGUUGGAUAUCUGUCUUCUUUCUUUCUUUUCCUGGGAAAUAACAUCAAAUGAAAUGGCUUUAAAUAACUAAUAUAUGCUAAUGAGUCUUAAAUGUAGAUUCCUAGUUCUUAAUUCACUCUAAUAUACAGACUUGCUUAAAUAUACUUCAAUCAACUUUCUGUCUCUAUUUGAAUACCUCUAUUGAAAAUCUAAAAUAUAUUGAAAAUCUAAAACACUCAGCAGAAUCUUGAUUUGCACCUCACACUUAAGAAGGAACAAAGAAUACAAGUAGAUCCUCCCUUUAGUGUACUCAUUUCAGCAAAUGACACCACAACCCUCCCAAGUGCUGCAGUCAAAAGCCCAAGACUUAUGCUUUCUUUUUCAGCUUAACUAAGUACUCCUGCAUACUGUGUGCAGUUCUGGUUGCACCAUCCAACCACCUAGCUAUCUUUUUUAUUUGACAGGUAGAGUUAUAGACAGAGAUAGAGAGACAGAGAGAAAGGUCUUCCUCCCGUUGGUUCACCCCCAAAAUGACCGCUACGGCAGAAACUGCUGCGAUCCAAAUCCAGGAGCCAGGUGCUGCUUCCAGGUCUCCCAUGUGGGUUGCCGGGGCCCAAGCACUUGGGCCAUCCUCCACUGCCUUCCUGGGCCAUAGCAGAGCGCUGGACUGGAAGAGGAGCAGCCGGGACUAGAACCGGCGCCCAUAGGGAUGCCAGUGCUGCGGGUGGAGGAUUAACCAAGUGAGCCAUGGCACCAGCCAUGGCAAUAUCCUCCAAACUACUGUCUUUACUCUUUUGCUCCUCUUGAAACUUUUAUGUACACCAUAGCAAGUAUCAUCUUUAAGCUGAAAAGCAGAUCAUGCUCCUUGUUUCAAAUAUUCUGAUGAUUUCCAAUUAUAGUUGGCUUCAAAUGAAAACAUUUAAUCAUGACCUACAAGGUCCUACUUUAUGGCCUUUGCAUGUUUUUUGAAAUAUAACAAUAUGAUUCCUUCUUCAGGGUUUGCUAUAGUCUGAAUGACUGUGUUCUCCUGCAAAUCAUAUUAAAAUUUUAUCCAUGGCGUGAUGGUAAUAGGAGGUAAAGGCUUUGGGAGGUGAUUAACUUAUGAAGGGAGAGACCAUAUAAAUGAGAGGUCUGAGGGCUAGCUAGCUCCUUCUACCAUUUAAGCACACAGCUGGAAAGUAAUAUUCCGUUUCAUGAAACAGGAAGUGGGCCUUCAUCAGAUACUGAAUCUACAGGCAACUGAAUCUUGGACUUAGUUACCAGAACAGACAGAAAUAAAUUUCUGCUGUUUGUAAGUCACAUAGUCUUUGUUUUAACAGCCCUGAUGAACUGACUAAUUUGGGUCUGCCAUCUAAAGAGAAGCCAGGACCUACUUUUCAAGACACAGUGUUUGCAAUCCUUGUCCCUUUUGCACUUCUUUCAGCAUACUGAUAACUGUCAUUAGUUCAGACAGGUCUUCUCUCUUGCUAUCUUUCGCUAUCCCUUCAUGGUGAAAUUUUAUUUAUUUUUUUUCCCUUGUUAAUAUCUGUCUCCCCUCCUAAAACAUGGGCUCCAUAAAGAAGAGGGUUUGGCCAAAUUCCUACUGUGUUUAAAGAUCAUUUGACACACAGUAGCUGAUCUGUAAACAAUAUUGGAUGAAUGACUAGAUGAAUUUAAAUUCAUAUAAAUAUGCUAUAUGUAAAUAUUGCUAAUUCACUUUUAAUAACAUCUAGAUGGCUGAGUUAUAUAAAGUAAUUGGCAAUUAUAUAAUGCCUGGUAAUUUACAAAGUACCUUCAUAGAUUAUCUUAUAUAAUUAUGAGAAUUUAGAUAUAUUUAAGCACCUUUGUUUUGCAAAUAGAAUAGCACGAAGAGUGCUUGAGUGACUUUCUCCGGGUCCUAGACCUACUGAAUUGUUGGAUCAGAGGGAAUCGCAGAUCCUACGAAUUUCUUCCUUACUGGCUGAGCUUCAGUAUAAUGUGUAAUUGUUUUGUGUUCAAUGUAGUAUAAUAGACACAGAGAGAAUAAAUCCUAACCAUAUGGUCACAUAGUUUCUCAGGCAAGACUGCAUUUUAAAAAAUGAAUUUUUCAAAUAAUUUAUCCUUCGAUUAAACAACGGUUCAGAGAAAAAAUACCAAUUAGCCUGUCUAAUUUUCUUUGUAUAGAAGAAAUGUUAUAUUUGCUGUUACAAUGCUCUGAACAUAAAUCAAUAACCAUGCACUUGAGUCAGAAUGAUUUUGGUAUGCUGCAUCUGAUACAUUAUAUGUAAUUACAUUACAUAUAUGUAAUGAUUACAUAUGUAUGAUGACAUUAUAUGUAAUUUAUGAAUUUAAAGUUACUAUAUUGUGGUUCCUUUCAUUUCUUUUUUCAGUAGCUCUGAAGUUAAAGUUGUUUAAACCCAAGACUUCAGGAAGCAAUAGGAAAAGAUACACCUUAUUUGUUAUACAACUACAAGCACUAUUUUUCUGUUAUGUGAUAUAUCGAAUUACAGGAUUAUUUCUGUGUUCUGUUUUCAAGAUGUCAAUAAUUUAUUUUGAAACUUCAUUAUCAUACUUACAUGAAUAAAAACAUUAGAGACAUUAGAAAGGCCCUAUUACUCAUGAUGAAUAAAAUGUACAUCACGAUACUUAAAAUUUCUGUGAUGUAUAUGAUUCUCUUCAUGUACAUAUACUGUAUUUAUGUUCUACACAAUAUUCUAGCAUAUCUUUUAAUGUUUAGGUUUCAUUAUGAGGUCAACAGUAAUAAUCUCUGUAAUAACCAUUUCAGAAGUUGCCAUCGAUGAGAUUAAAGACAUACAUGUCAUGAAUCAUAAAAAAGUACAAAUGCUAGAACAUGAUUUUAAAAGACUAGUGUCUAUGACAACUACCUUGAAAGACAUGGUAUUUUCAAAUUUGGUGGAAUAUGAGAUUCCCCCUUCUUCCCAGUAUACUUAUUUGGAAAUCUUACCUGAAUUGUGCUCUGACCACUCAGUUAGAUUUUUCUUUAAUUAUAAAUAAUGGUUUAGGAUAAUCCCGUCUAAAAUAACUCACACAUCUCACACAUUCAUCAGAUGCUCAUAUAUUUAUUGACUACUGUGCUAGUUACUUGAAAUAAAAUAUGAAUAUGAAAUGAUCUUCUAAAACACCUACAGUCUAGUGAGACAAACAAAGAAAGAAUUAUUAUGUGCUUUUCCAUUUAUCUGACAGCUGCUGUGAAUGCAGGUAUACUCUGGUUCAUUUUAUUUAAUAAGAGAUUUUAUUAUGAAUGAACACACAGACAGGCUGAUAUAUAUAUAAUUUGUAUGAGGUUAGCAUGAACUCAAACAUUAAAGAUUGAUUCACCCUCAGACUGGAGACAAAAUCAUGUUUUGGAGCCUUCAUGGUGAGUUCUAUAACCAGGAAAGUGGAAAUUUAAAGAAGAAAGAUGACUUGAAAUCCAAGCAACUUCUGCUACUAAUGCUGUUUUUCCAAUUCACCAUAUUUAGUGCACAGUCAGCACAUAAAUACUAUAUAGUUUUGAAGGUAAGCAUGCCCAAAAUGGCAAGUAGAACACUGAAAAAUAAUUUUCAGUGGAUGUUUCAAUAUGGAUUUCAGAUUUCUAAAUUUAAUUCUGAAUACAGGCAUAUGCUUAUUAGCAAUUGUAAAUAUAGUUCCAAUGUUUCACAGAACUUUUUAUGGAAUGAGAAACUGAUGUAUGUUUUCAUGUUAAUUUUAUAUUUUAACAGGUGUAAAACCUAGCCAUAGAGAGGAAUUAGCUUAUAUUGAAUAAUAUAAAAUUUGAUUUCACCUUAACUAUUAUGUUUCAUCAUGCUAUAUUUAAGACAUGUAUAAAACCUUAAAAAAACCCAAAAUGUACCUCUUAUAGAAUUUUGAAAUAAAUAUUUUGCCACUAAAAUAUUCAUGGAAUUGAAAAUUUGGGAUUUAACCAUUCAAUGUACUAUUUAUCAUUAACAAACUACUUGGCAGGAUCUGAGACUGCAAUGAAAAAUGUUUUAAGAAAGAAUGAGCCGGUGCCGCGGCUCACUAGGCUAAUCCUCUGCCUGCGGCGCCGGCACACUGGGUUCUAGUCCCGGUCGGGUGCUGGAUUCUGUCCCAGUUGCCCCUCUUCCACUCCCUGCUGUGGCCAGGGAGUGCAGUGGAGGAUGGCCCAAGUGCUUGGGCCCUGCACACCAUGGGAGACCAGGAUAAGUACCUGGCUCCUGCCAUUGGAUUAGCGCGGUGCGCCGGCCGCAGCGCGCUGGUCGCGGCGGUCAUUGGAGGGUGAACCAACGGCAAAAGGAAGACCUCUGUCUCUCUCUCUCACUGUCCACUCUGCCUGUCAAAAAAAAAAAAAAAGAAAGAAAUCAAGAGAUUUAUGAAAAGUACAGCCAAUUCAAUGAGGGAAAGUAUGGGCUUACCUGUUUUGUAUAUCUAUUACCUAGUAGAUUCCCAAAAUAUAAUUAUUUUAAUACAAUUCUAACAGUAAAAAUCAGUACAAUGGGCUUGAAUUUGGGGCAUACUUGGUAAAGCUGCUGCCUGAGAUGCAUCACAUAUAGGCACUGAUCUGUGCCCUAACUGCUCAUUCCAAUCCAGCUCCAUGCUCGUCACCUGGGAAAAGCAGCAGAAGAGGGUCAAGGUGCUUGACGCUGCCUCUCAUGUGGAGAACCCCAGAUAAAACAGAUUCCUGGCUUUGGCCUGGCCCAGCCCUGGCCAUUGUGACCAUCUGAGGAGUGAACCAAUAGAUGGAAGAUCUAUCUCAGUUACACUUUCAAAAUUAACAAUUCUUUAAAAUGAAAAAAAAAAAAAAAAACCUCAGGACAAAAAUUUAUCCACCAUUGGUUACAAAAGUUGUUUUGCAUCACCUAUAACUUUUAGAAUGUAUUUCUCACCCAUAUCUUUUCCUUAGGAUAACAGAAAUCUAUAUAUAAACUUAUUGUUAAGUGCAACCUGGAGAUUUCAACGCAGCUAAAUAGGGAAAACACACUGCUUACAGGAAUGGAAAACAGCAGGAAAAAAAAAAAAGUGGAGGAAGUGCAUUUCCAGGGGUGAGUUGGAGAGAAAUCUGCAGUGAAAUUCCACAGAAGGAAGAGAGAUUCAGUGGGUCAUCAUGGAAGGUGUGGAUGCACAGCAACUAGUGCAGACAAAAUACAUGAUCCCCACAGCCAAGAGCCAGAGAAUACACAGCUUUGAAUGCCGCAGCCCACACAACUGGUGAUACUGCUGGAAGAAGAGGCUGCAGACCACACCGUCUUUGAGUCUAGCCUGGAGACCUGACAGGGUCAAGGCACCCACCUAACCCAGUAAAAAGAAAAGUAUCUUUCUUUCUCCCCAACCCCUCACAAGGGCGCCCGGAAACUGGCAGGAAAGCUGCCAUUGUGACACCAGUAGCUGUUCUGGAGUCUUUGUGCUGCAUGUAAUCCAUGGAUUUUGCCAGAGGGAAAAAUUCAUGUUUCCCAUUGAUUUUGAGUCUGCCUGGGAGGGUUGAUAUAAGGCUGGGCACCCACCUAGGACUGUGAGAUGCCCCGGUCUCUCAAUACAUUACAGGCUCUGAGGCUCAAACUGCCAAUUUGGAGCACCCACAAGCAUCUGACUCUGUGAACAUCUGCUCCCAAGGAUGGCACAAGCUAGUGGUGCGGUGUGGAUCCUCUGAACACCAUGACUAUGGGAGCCUUGGGUGCUAUAACUGUGGGAAUUCUGUGAAUAUACAAUAGGGGAGAGGGUGUAGCUGGGUCUCUGGGCAAUCACUGUGUCCAGCCCCAGAGGCUCAGACCUCUCUGACUGUUCAGGGUGUGUACUGAAGUGGGACGCAUCCACAGAAGAACUGCACAGAGCUUUUGUGCAGUUCAUGAGACAGCACAGGUAAGUGUUGUACCCACUGUGGGCUAACCCUGGACACUGAUCACCUUGGAAGACAGGAAGUGAGGAUGUGAUUAUGCCAAAAGAGGUGAUCAUGCACUCCCCUAUGCUGAUCACAGAAGAGAUCUUCCAAGCCCAAAUUGGGUGUCAUCCUGGAUACUGGCCCAAAGUUGGAACACUACCAGAGCUCCCUGGCCACAACCAAUACAUACCUAUGGGUAUUCUUAAAACAGCAGACACUCUGCUAAGUCACAGGAGCAUAGUUAAAAAAUCCUUAGGAGAAAAUCAACAAUUACUUGGACAAAUGCUUAAAAAUAAAUCCAGAAAUUAGAGAAACAAGAAUGAGGAAGAUAAUAUGACUCCCCCAAAUGAAUACUACAAUACUUUAAUAUUAGAAUAUGAAGAUGAAGAAAUUGAGGAAAUGGCUGAAAAGUAAUUCAAAAGAUUGAUCAUAGGGUCACUCAGAAGCAAUGAGAAGCAAAUUCACAUUUAAGAAAUCUAAAUGGGGCUGGUGCUGUAGUGUAACAGGCAAAGCUGCCACCUGCAGUGCCAGCAUCCCAUAUGGGCUCUGGUUCAAGUCCCUGCUGCUCCACUUCUGAUCCAGCUCUAUGCUAAGGCCUGGGAAAGCAGUACAAGAUGGCUCAAGUCCUUGGGCGACAGCACCCACAUGGGAGACCCGGAAGAAUCUCCUGGUUCCUGGCUUUGUAUUAGCAUAGCUCCAGCCCUUUUGGCCAACUGGGGAGUGAACCAGCAGAUGAAAGACCUCUCUCUCUCUCUCUCUCUCUUUCUUUCUCUGCCUCUCCUUCUCUCUCUGUGUAACUCUGGCUUUCAAGUAAAUAAAUAAAAUAAUCUUUAAAAAAAAACCAGAAAUCCAUAUAUGACAUGGAGGAAAAAUUUUCCCAAUUUAGAAUUUGAAGAGAAAUCAAACUGACAUGUUAGAAAUGAUGAAAUCAAUGUUAAAUAAAAAUAUAGUGGAAGGUCUUAAAAACAGACUUAGUGAUGCAGAAGAAAGAAAAUCCAAGCUAGAAGACAAAUCUUUGGAAAUAUCUCAGACAAAAAAAAAAAAAAAGAAGAAGUUAUAAAAAAUAAAAACAGCGUUGCAAGUUUAUGAGAUAGUAUAAAGGUCUCAACGUAGAUGCCUUAGGUUAUUCUGAAGGUGUGUAAAUAAGGAAUGGAUUAGAAGUGCUAUUCAGUGAAAUAACUAAAGAAAAUUGCUCUAAUAUGGAGAACGAAAUGGGCAACCAAAUACAUAAGAAACACACAACUCCUAAUAGACAUGAUCAGAAAAGAUCUUCACCAUGACACAUUGUAGUCAUUCUUUCAACAGUAAAACAAAGAUUCUAAGGUGUUCACAAGAGAAAUGCCAGAUUACUUUCAGAGAAUCUCCAAUUAGACUCAAGGCUGACUUCUAUUCAGAAACCCUACAGGAAAGGAGAGAAUGGAGAGACAUAGUCCAAGUCCUAAAAAGAAAACAUAAAACUGUCAACCCAGAAUACUGUACCCUGCAAAGCUCUCAUUUAUCAAUUAAGGAGAAAUAAAACCUCUCAUAAUAAACAGAAAUUGAAAGAAUUUGUCAGUUACUCAUCCAGCCUUACAAAUGAUACUUAAGCAUGUGUUACACCCAGAAGCACAGAAAGAGAGUUCAUAAUUAUGAAAGAAUAUGAAGGCAGAAAAUCUCCCAGUAAAAGUACAAGGGGAAUACACAACAAACAAUAGAAAUAUUUAUGGAAAAAUAAUUGGUCCUAAUCAUUAUUUAUCAACAGUAACUAUGAAUGUAAAUGACAUAAGUUCUCCAUUUAACAGAUACAGACUGGGGGAAUAGAUUAGAAAACAAGACCCAUCUAUUUUCUACCUAUAAAAAACACACCUCAUCAACAAAGAGACACAAAGAAUUAAAGAGAGAGAUGGAAAAAGUUAUUGCAAGCUAAUGCAAAGCAAAAAUGAGAGGCUUUGGUCAUUCUAAUAUCAGACAAAAUAGACUUCACCAAAACACAGGUUAAGAGACACAAGGGUAGUAUGUAAUGAUAAAGGGAUCAAUUCAAAAGGAAGAUAUGACUAUAAUAAAUAGUGAAUACAUGCACCCAGUGCCAGGGCACCUGGCUUUUAAAACAAAUAUUAAAAGAUCUAAAGGGGCCUUUCCAGCUUGGGCCCUACAAGAUGGCUCCGGCUAAGAAGGGUGGCGAGAAGAAGGGCUGUUCUGUCAUCAACGAAGUGGUGACCCGCGAGUAUACCAUCAACAUUCACAAGCGCAUCCACAGCGUGGGCUUCAAGAAGCGUGCCCCUCGGGCACUCAAAGAGAUCCAGAAGUUUGCCAUGAAAGAAAUGGGGACUCCAGAUGUGCACAUUGAUACCAGGCUCAACAAAUCCUUCUGGGCCAGAGGAAUAAGGCACGUCCCAUACUGCAUCCACAUGAGGUUGUCGAGAAAACGUAAUGAGGAUGAAGAUUCACCAAACAAGCUCUAUACUUUGGUUACCUAUGUACCUGCCACUACUUUCAAAAAUCUACAGAUAGUCAGUGUGGAUGAGAACUGAUAAAAGUUGUAAAACUGCAAAAAAAAAAAAAAAUCUAAAGGGAGAAACAGACUCCAAUAUAAUAGUCAUGGGGGAUGCCAACACUCUGCUUUCAUUCAUUGGCAAAUUAACUACAUAGAAAAUCAACAAAGAAACAACAGAGCUAAUUGACAGUAUGGAUCAAAUGGACCUAACUGAUAUCUACAGAAUCUUUUAUCCCACGAUUGCAGAAUAAACAUUGUUUUCAUCAGCGCAUGGAACUCUCUACAAUAGCACAUAUGCUAAGUCAUAAACCAAGUAUCAGCAAAUUGAAAAAAAAAUUUAUAUUAUACCUUGCUUCUUUUCUGACCACAAUAGAAUGAAGCUGGAAAUUAAAAACUCAAGAAUCUCUGGAACAUAUGCAAAUACAUGGAGACUGAACAACAUGGUCCUGAAUAAAUAGUGGGUCAUAGAAGAACUCAAAAUGGAAAUCAAAUAAUUUCUGAGAAUGAAUCAAGAUGACAAUAUAUCAAAAAUUAUGGGAUGUAGCAACAGCAGUGUUAAGAGGGAAACUUGCAGUAAAUAAUGUCUAUAUCAGGAAACUGGAAAGGCAAAUAAAUGAGCUAUAAAUUCAUCUCAAGCACAUAGUAAACAACAACAACCCAAAGUCAAAAUUAGCAGGAGAAAUAAUUAUAAUUAGAGAAUUAAAAAAUUGAAACCAAAAAACAAUGCAAACUCAGUGGAAUGAAGUUUUUUUUUGAAAAAAUAA